GCCUGGGAGAAUGUGCUUGAGAUGCAGAAAAACGGCACGACGUGGACGGGGAAAAUCACCGCAGUGAAUCGUGGUGGGGUCGUGGUGGAUGUGAACGGCUUGCGGGGGUUCAUACCCAUGUCCAGAUUAGACCCAGGACGUCUUCCAAAGACUGAUUUUUCCAUGCAAGACCUUGAAGGCCUUGUGGGACAGGCUGUGUCUGCAAAGGUCAUCCAGGUCAACAUUCCCAGCAGACAACUCGUGCUGAGUGAACAGGCCACAAUGGUGGAGCAGCUGGCAGCCAGCUUGCAGACUGGCGACGUUGUGGAGGGCAUUGUUACCCGCACGACAGACUAUGGCGCUUUCGUCUCUCUCCGCUCUCCAGAUGGAAACCUGCAUGGUGCCGGCUUGAUCCACAUAUCAGAGCUGUCAUGGGACAAGAUAAUGACGCCUGAGGACGUCGUCCAGCCAGGCAGCCUCGUCAACUGCAAGGUAAUUAAGGUGGAUAAGGAGAAGCUUCACAUCAACUUGUCCUUAAAGCAAAUGGAGGGUGAUCCUCUGUUGGAGAAUCUAGAUGGGCUGCUGCCGCUGGACACCAGCAGUGUGACUUCGGUGCCUGCCAACCUUCCUGCGGCAAUCGAGGACUUGUGUGCUGCCCUUGCGGCGGAGCCUGGGGUUGAGGGCGUUGACAUUGGUCGACAGGUGGAGGAGAAGAGGGCUGUCAGCCAGGAUCUGGAACUGUGGAUCAGUAAGGAAGUUGUGAAGGAUGGCUACAAUCUUGUUGUCCGCACAGGAAGACUCGUCCAGGAAAUCCAUGUGACUACUGAUUUGCCGAGUGAGGGCAUGAAGGAGAGUGUCCAACGUGUGCUUCGCCAGCUUGUGUAG